AUGGAGGCAAGGGAUGUCCCCGUCCCUGCACUGGCCACGGAGCCCCAGUUCGCCCAGCGCCUCAGGGAGCAUUUGGAAGAGGAGCAGCUCCUGGACGGGCGCUACAGGCUGCAGGAGGUGCCGGGGGGCCGCGUGGUCCUGCCCGUGCUGGAGGAGAAGCUCUCCCAGCUGCGGCUGCCCCAGGAGAUGCUCUGCGAGCUGGUCUGGAUCCAGGACCCCGUCCCCUCCAGGGCAGCCCGCCGGCAGACACCCGCCCAGAAGCUGCAGGCUGAGCUGCAGCGGCUGCUGGGCAAGAGCUGGUCGGAGGAGCUAGAGCAUGAUGUGCCUCGUGCCUGGCAGCGGCACGGGGAUCUGGUCCUGCUGAGUGAGGACAGCUUCAGGGCUGCGCAGUGGGAGAAGCUGGGUAAGGCGGAGCGGGGUCUGCCUGCCCAGAUCCUGCCCGCAGAGCUGCCCUGGCCUUUCCCAAAGCUCCCGGGACGGGUGUGUUGCAGGUCCGGCGCUCUGGGAGACGGUCGCCUCGGCUCUGGGUGCCCGGCGGCUGGCCAAGCGAGGUCGAGUGUUGCCGGAUGGGAUGCGGUCCCCCAGAGUCACCCUGCUGCUGGGCCAGGAUGGCUGGGUGGAGCACGUGGACAACGGGAUCAGGUAGGCAGGAGUCGUGGUGCAGGAUGUGGCCAGUGCAGGGAAGGGUCUGCCCUCACUGAGCUGGUGGUAUCUCCCAGGUACACGUUUGAUGUGACCAAAUGCAUGUUCUCACCGGGCAACAUCACGGAGAAGCUGCGGGUGGCCUCGCUGCCCUGCUCCGGAGAAGUCCUGGUGGAUCUCUACGCAGGCAUCGGCUAUUUCACACUGCCGUACCUGGUUCAUGGGGCGGCCGCCUUCGCCCACGCCUGCGAGUGGAAUGGCCACGCUGUGGAGGCCCUGCGGAGGAACCUGGCGCUGAACGGUGUGCAGGACCGCUGCUGCGUCCACUACGGGGACAGCCGGCAGCUGGAGCUGCGGGACGUAGCGGACCGGGUGAACCUGGGGCUGAUUCCCAGCUCAGAGGAAGGCUGGCCGGUGGCCUGCCGCGUCCUGAAGAAGGGCACGGGCGGCGUUCUCCACAUCCACCACAACGUGGAGACUCUCCCCGCACCGGCCCCCCCACAGACCCCAAUGCUGUGGGCUGAGCGGGCGUCUCCGGAGGAAGCCAGCUCUGCCAGAGAGAGGCAGUGCCAGCGCCCAACAGAGGACAGCAGGAAGGAGAUGCCAGCAGCCAGAAUCAGACCUGAGUGGCAGAGGUGGGCUGAAGCCACAGCGGCACGGAUCCGGGGACUGCUGGCAGAGCUGCAUGGGCAGCCGUGGUGCACCAGCAUCCUGCACAUCGAGGCAGUGAAGUCCUAUGCGCCCCACGUGCAUCACCUUGUGCUGGACCUCGAGUGCCGGCCGACGCUGCCUGCCUAGCUGGCCACGGGCCCCGCUGUGGCUCCAGCUCCCACGACAGGGUGGUGUUGGAGCACCGGUGGCAGGGAGAUGCUACCGUUGCCUGCUGCCAGCCUGGAUGCACUUUAUGUGCCCUUGUUCCCAGGUGACAGCGCUGUCCAAGGCACCGAGGGAUGCUCUCCCAGUGGAGAUCCCUCCAGGAGCCGUAUCCUGGCCAAGGAUGGGGCAAGCCGGGGCUGAGAGCACCCUGAGUCCUGCCCCAGUUCUGCCUGUCGCUGCCUGGCUCUUGCACACAUGGUGGCAUUUUCAGCCCCGUUUUCAAACAGGAGAGAGACACAGGGCUGAAUAAGCCCCGGGUUCCUGCCGGGCUUUCAGUGAGUCAAGGGCAGGCUUUGUGCUCAUAUUUACCCGCAUGCUUUUUUAUUGUACUGGA